GAGGUGAUAAGAAGUGUGGGAAAGGUGAACCUGUUGGCGGUGACUGAUGACCUGAUUCCCCCGCUCCAUGAUGGUGAUGAACAACAGACUGGACGGGGAAAUUUGUUACCUCACACUCCACAACAGGGGGAAAUAUUCUUUAUCUCAUGUUCCUUCUACCAGUGUCCAGCCAUGUUAGAAAAUAAAACUGCUUUAAAUCAGACACCAUUAGACCUGGCCACUACAAGUCAAAUGAAGGAAAUUCUGUUGUCCUUCACAGAGGAUCGUUCAGCAAGGUCAUGUUCUCAAGGCAGCGUAGCAGUGAUGGCCCGGCAGACUCUCCCCCCCGUGAUUACCUGUAUGAGCAGGUGCUGGGGGGGGAGGAUUGGAUUUGCAGACCGAGAGGAGUGUGCUAAGUACAUCGCUGUGAUAACUACAUUGAUUCAUUCUUAUCUUAAAGUGAUGGACUACAAUCAAAUUCAGGCUCUAAUGAAUGGAAAACUGAACCUGUCUUUGUACAUUGAAAGAUUUGCCGGUCACAUCCUGAAAAUCACAGAAGACAAGGACUUUGAAACUCUCCGAUUUGACUUAGGUUUGCUGAAGCAGAUUGCCUUUUCUU